AUGCGCCACGGGCUCCACACUUCUCUCUUCCUCAGCCCCGCCAUACAGCGCUGUGCCGCCCGCUGUGGAGAGCCGCCUCCCCUCAGGGCUGGGAUGGCGGCGGGCGGGGACCGCGGCUCCGAGCCGGGGCAGGGCUCUGCGCCGGGUGACACCUCCCUCCUCGGCAGCGCCACAACGUGGCCCUUGAAGCGCUACGGCCGCUUCCUGCCCCCGGCGGAUCGCGAUGAGGAAGGGCAAAACGCCGCCUCUUGGAAGGUUUUUGAAUCAAAUGAAGAAUCAGGCCAUCUUAUCCUUACCGUGGUUAUAUCUGGCCAUUUCUUUAUUUCCCAAGGGCGAACUGUACUGGAAGGUUUCUCACUGAUUGACUCCCACAAGUGGCUAAAGAUAGUCAGGAAAGCAGACUGCCUGCUCCUUCAUGCACAGGCCAAGAAUGAAGGCCGCAUGUUUCGUGUUCAAUUUGGUGGGGAUUCAAAGGAAGAGAGGCUGGAAAACUGCUGGAGUUGUGUUCAGAAACUCAGAGAGUAUGUGUCAGUGCAAGGAACCGAGGAGCAAAGCCAGCAGCUCUAUCCCAGCUUCAGUCAGCUGGCCCACAGUGACAGCCAGGUGAGGAACGCUGAACUAAAUGCAUCGCUACUAGAGCCAGAUGAGCCUCUACCAGAUUCCUCUGCAGGCCUUGGAGAAAGAAAAUCUGUACCACAGCUUGCCCAGUCUGUGCUGAACAAGAACCUUGAGCUGCCCCCUGCGCCCUGGCAGCCGGUGUGGGGCACCCAGGAGCUGGGGCCCUUCAUCCGCUUCUGCCUCCUGGAUCAGCAUUUCCCAGCUUUUGUGCAAGCCGUGGAGAAGGAACUGCAAAAGCUCACAGAAGAUUGAGAAGCACCAGCUUGUGGCUGCUGGGAUGGAGGCUCCGGGAUGCCCGGCACAGGGAUACACAGAUUACGUGGGAUUAAACAUUUCAGUAAGUCUCA